AUGGCGUCAGAGCUCUGCACUGACACUUUAGGUCACUUGUCGUCACUGAUUCAGUUUCACAGAACUUUUAUGCUGGCGUAUUGUAUUUUAUUGUUGCUAUUUUCUGUGGUGGCAGUUCUUGGAAAUGUUCUUGUUAUUCACGCCUUGUGGAAAGUAUCAUCUAUUCCGUCCAAUAUAAAGAAGCUGUUCUUGAGUCUCGCUUUCUCGGAUCUUGCGGUGGGAAUGUUGCCACAGCUUAUGCUGGGUGUGAACAUCGCAGUGAUGUUAUCUCAGACGUCGAAUGGUGACAGAAACUUGGCCUCGUUUUGCCCAGUAAUCGUUACUGCCUGCUAUUUUUUCAUUUUUCUUCUCUGCAGCGCAUCUUUUCUAACCAUUGCAGCUAUUGCAGUUGACAGACUUCUCGCUAUUUUGUUACAUCUGCGAUAUCGCGAACUCGUCACAUCAAAACGUGUCAAUAUGGCGUUGAUUAUGGUAUGGUUAACAAGUGGUUUUGCUGCCUCUAUAUCCAUUUUACUCACCGUAGGCAACAUGGUCAUCGCAACUGUUCAGUUUAUUUUGCUUCUGUUGACAACUGUGGCAUAUGUCCGUAUCUUUAACGCUGUGAAAUACCAUCACAAUCAAAUACAAAGUCAACUUCAGCUGCAAAGCGUCCAAGUGGUUGAUCUCCUUCGACAGAAAAAGUCCGCCAUGAAUGCUUUGGUUGUUUAUGUAGUUUUCCUUGUUUGUUAUCUUCCAAUUUUCGUCGUUGCAAUAUUAUUGUUAACUUAUGGGGAAGGAAUUUCCAUGCUAGUAGCCAAUUAUAUCGCGAUAUUUUUUGUGUUCCUUAAUUCUUCUUUAAAUCCUCUCGUUUACUAUUCGCGAUAUCGAGAAAUUCGUAUCAUUAUGAGAAACACAAUAAAAAAGUAACUUACCAUGUCGAUACAUAAACGAGAAAAGAUCGUAGCGAAUGAUUUCAAUCAUUGGCUUUGGUAUAAUUUUUACACUGGCAAACAAGUGUUCUUAUUUAUUAACUGUAUUGCAGAGAAUCAUCGCGCCGAAGCAAGCUAUGAGGUGUGUGUGCGUGAUAAAAGAGAUACAUAUUACAAAUAUAUUACAAAUCUGAAUUAAAGCAACCAAGUUACCCGUAUUUAUCUGUUUUUGCCUCAAAUUUUGCAUUUAAACAGAUUUUGAUAUAUGUAUUUUUUAUUUUAUACCAUUUCCUUGUGGGCAAUAUUCUUGAUCUUGCGCUAAUAAAAUAAAUAUCGUAAACUUUAAAAUCGUAGUAUUAAACUGUAUUCGAACUGCAGAUGAUCGCAGAUCGCUUGAAACAUUUCUUGCUUUUGGAGCUUGGUUUGUCUGCUAUUUUCCAGACCAGCUGGGAACUUUUAAAUCAAAAAUAGUGAUUCACUACGCCCCAUUGACUAAAUCAUUUUCUAGCAUGUUUUGCAAUUAUGAUUUAUUUAACCGUUCAGUAGUUGUUUUAAAAGAAACGGCAAAGUAGUGAGAUUUUGUUUUUUAAAGUUUUAUCGCUUAAAUUCAGCAAGAGAUUCCCUGCAUUUUAAUUGCUAAAGGAGAAAACGUCCCUUUCAACGUAAACUGGUGUCCGUUAGUGUUAAGAAAAAACAAGUAAACAAACGAAAACAGAAGAAACAUGUACAUUGCAAAUUUGCAUUAAUAAUGACAUUGGAACUAAGUCUGUUCUUGUUAAAAUCACAAGUAUAACUUGAGUUUAAAACUGUACGACACGAAGUUCAUCCUGAUUGGACAUCGCCUAAUUAAGCUGCCUAAAUACAGGAUAUUUUAUUGAUACAGUAACUGGUUUGUAAAAAAGUAUAUGUCAAAAAAAUGUGAACCGCUCACGGUUUUACUUCUGUAUUUAUUUUGGUAUGCAACACAGAAAUAAUGCGUCUUAGGUUAAAAUGAUGCUUCAGAAAUGGUGCGAUUUAGAACAGAAAUGGUGCGAUUCGUGAAUAAAUAUCACGUUGCUGAGAGCGAACCAGUAUUUUCAAAAUGGUUUCCAUGAAAAUACUAAACGGUUAUUAUUGGCCCUAUAUCCCUGUUCAAGGCAAAUGGGUUGUACUGUGCCUUUUUAUGUCUGCUUUUAAGCGGUCUUUUUGGAAUACGAAAGAAGAGGAAAUCUUGUUAGUGCCGUGAGAGAUUUAAAAAAUUAUAUAUUGGGUUAUGUGUAUUCUAAUGGAAACUUUGAGUUGCUUUUGUGUUAUUAGCGUGGGAAGGGUAAUAUUGUAUGUGCUGUUACCCUUAAGUUUUUGCUUGUUAAGUGUGUGAUAUAAUUGUCGUUUCCUGUUACGUUAUUUUGCUUAACCUCCUACCGCUGGCACACUGGUUUCUUGACUUUGUUAUUGUUACAUGGCGAAAAGAGCUAUAUUAUUAACUGUCGCUCAAUAUUAGUAAUUUGCGUUGGGGUUAAGGCUUUGAAAGAAUGGCGCACUUCCACCUUGAAGCUCAUUUUGUUCGGAAACAACCAGAUAUGAAAGAAUAAAUCAGGUUUUCCCUCUGUACUACUUGCAACCUCUACAGUCUUAACUGAAGCUGAUGGACACUAGACAGCUGGGCCAAUAGUAUGGACCAUAAAAGCGUUCAACUGGUGUUGUUUUUCUGGAUCUCAAGCAGGUGUUUGACAGAAUCGACCUUACAUGAUAAAUAUUAAUUUCAAAAUUAUUUCACGAUGGAAUACAUAGGAAAGGUUACAAAUGGUUACCCUGAGAACGGACCUCUGGAGUCAGGAUAACAAAUGGCUCAAGCCUCUUUUUGGCGGACGAUUCUUACAGGGGCCUGCCCAAACUGUGUAACCACGCAUUUGCCACAGUUGCAAAUGUAUACGAAAUAGAUCGAGAAACCGAUAAGUUAGCUCUAUUGUGAAAUAUAGUGAAACCUCUACAGAAGUAACCGGCCAACUCUCAACAACAGCCGUCUGACUACAAUGACCAUUGCAUUUACUGUCCGGACGGAUGGUCCGUAAACAGUAGAAUCCCUCUCUACAGACACCCGUAUUACGGACAAUUCCGCUUCUCCCAACAUACGGACACCGGACAACACGGACAUUUUUCGUGGUCAUUUGCAUAUCUCCCAAGAUGUCGUCAACCGCCGUCUACUGACGCUGUAUAUCUGCAUACUGUCUAUGACUGAAUAUCUUACCAGUGAAAACCCGAGUAACCAAAACGGUGUAUGACCCUUCAGAGCACGGGCGUAGCUGGGGGGCGGGGAGCCUGGCUUGCCCGUGAACCCCCCCCCCCCCCCCCCCCCGGCCCUUCUUCUCCUAUUUUCUUUUUGUGGGUGGGAGCUGUGGGGUUGGCAUCCUCAAAAAAGAGGAAGAGGUUUUUUUUUUUGCUGUGGUACUUCCUUACCACUUUCUGGUCGGUUCGGUCUCGUUAGGUGCCCCCCCCGCCCCCCUCUUUUUUUUUAUUGGGGGAACUUUUUUCUUCUUUGUUGUUGUGGUUUUGUUGUAGGCUUUGCCGUCCCCCCCGCUCGCUGCUAAUCCGAAAAAAAAAGUCACCUUUGGUAACACACGGGGGGGAUGUCGACUGGCCAAUCGGAUAAGUACUUUUGGGGUGGCACAGUGUGGCCCUCCCCCCCCCCCCUGUGAAAAAUCCUAGCUACGCCCCUGUAGUGGUUCUCUCCAGAAUACAGGCCACCUGGCUGAGUCGCAAACUAACACCGUCAUUACGUAGUUAAGUCGCAUGUUCCACUGUCGUGUUGUAAGAACGGCAUUGAUCAACAUUUAGGAUGAAUUCGAUCGCUGCAUUUGCAUGUGACCGUCUCAUUUGCCAGUUGAAGUUUUCUUUUAUUGUUUUUCACCGUCACUGCGCAAGCACGACGUGAAAGACCAAAUUUAAGUUCACUUGGGAACGUAAACGGCAGGUUGAUAAAUUUUGCUGAAUCUUUCUGAGCUAGGAAACAGUCAACUCGUUGACGCUUCGGUCGUCAACUCUGUUGCAUCUCACCUCUUCAUGAUCUGCAAAAUCUGGCGAUUAAGCUUAUACUUCAUCCGACUCAUAAACAGGCCUUUGCUGGGCCGGAGAGUACCAGGGUGGAACUUCAUCUAUGAGUCCCAGGUCACACAGCAUCUCGUAGAAAAGUACCUUAAAGUAGAGUCAUGUCGGGAAAGGUACUUGCUCUGUGCCAGCGCACCGGUCCCAGAUAAGAUGUGAGCCAGUGGCCUUACCACACAUUUUGCACAACGUCUCGUGGUGCGAACACUGACUUGCAUUUAAUCGAGUUGCUAAUAGUUGUUCCUACAGCUCAAACAUUCCGGUGAUUGUGUGUGUUGGAGAGGACUUCCACUCUCUGUCAGCCACCAAAAGCAUGCACUACCGCUCACUUUCUCGUCCUGUAGCGUAGCUGUAACGAGACUUCCUUGCCAUCGCUGAUUUCUAACUUCUUCUUCUAGCCUCUCUACUUGACAAUUUCGCAGUUCCGUCUUGACCGUACGGAAAUCGAUCUCCCGUAUAUCUACUAUAAUUUAUAUUGAUAACCUCAAGAUUUUCGCUGCACCUGAGAGUAAACUUAAUCGGGUCAUGAACAUGGUGGAAACGACUGUGGAAGAUGUGGAGCUACAGUGGAACCCCAAGAAGUCUGCAGUGGCUCAUAUGAGAAGGGGAGUGCAUGUGAGUGAUAACUCGGGGAUGAUAUUGGAUGGCAUGGCCAGGAUAGGUCAGUAA